AUCCUCUCUCAUCACCACCAUCCCCACACUUUACACUUCGCACUAACACUCAUCCCCACCGCAGAAGUCAGUUUUUUGGGGUAAAGCCAAUACCUUAAAAGUCUCACUCUUAUUUACUCGUGGUCUUCCUAUUCGUGGGUACCACCUUCUUCGCAGAGUAGAAUAUAUACCCUUUCUCUUCCACCUCCUCUUUGCCCUUCCCUCCACUUCCUCAACACUUCCUCAACACUUUCUCAGCAUUUCCCUUUCCUUUCCUCUGGACCCUCUUGUCUUCGGCCCCUUUCGCCACGCAUUUAUCUCAAUUUUUUUUUCUUUCUCUUUCCAAGACCACCUUCCUCCCAUUUCUAUUGUAUACCACCCACUCAUUCAUUCUUAACUCCUACUAUCGACUCAUUGAUGCCGAAUACCGUGGAAGAUCCCCCGGAGGGCUGCUACUGUAUCCAGGCCCAGGCAUGCCCCCACUGGAUUGAGGCCCAGAUGGACCACCGCCUCACCUCUGUCAAAGAGCACUCGCACGAACGGACAAAAACCUUUGAGCAAGAUCUGGAGCAGGAGGAACAUCGACCGAUCGUAAGCGAGCUACAGCGUGAGCUCAGGUCAGCAAUGCAGGAGAUUGAAAAGUUGGCCAAGACCAGUAGGGAUCUAGCAAGAGCAAAUCAGGGACUGGAAGAGUCCUUGAUGCAUGCUGUCAGUGACCAAGCCAGGACAGCAAAACGGCUGCUGCUCGUAUCGGGGCAACUUGAAUACACGGAGCAACAGCUGUUCAAUCUCACCAAGGAAGUCGACGAUGGCCAAAAGAGUUCAGAGCUGUUGCGGAUAGAACGCCUUAAGAGAGAAACUCUUCAGGAACGUGAAGACGCGAGCAGACUAAAAAUCGAGGAGCUGCAAGACGAACUCCAGGAGGUCCAGGCAUCGGAACGGACGCUGCAACAACGGCUUCACACCAUUCAAAACAAAUAUGAAACCUUGUCGAAGCGCCAUGACAACCUUAAGCGACAGCAGCAAGAGCUGGAGCUGGCGCGGGAGAGUAAAGAGGCUCUUGCCUGGCUCAAAGAGACUACCGACAGGCUGUGCUCUCCACCACAGGGAAGUCUUGGCCACGCCAUUCAGCAGGAACGAUCAUCCCACGGGUCCAUCGCUAUCAGCAUCCACCAGCGAUCUCCGUCCUCCUCACCGCCUUACCCAUCAUCGUUUAUUGACCCACCUCUGGCGGCUCAAAAUCAGCUGAUUUCAUUGAUCAAGGAACUCGCCACGACGAACUCGACGCUACGGUCGGAACUGAAUGAAUACCGAGAUCUGUUGCAGGACACCAGAAACGAGAUGCUAGCGUUGCGUUCGCAGGUCGAGGACUAUGAACAAGGACAUGCAUUCGAGAAUUGUUGCGGGGUCAGAGUGGAUGAUGGUGACAGCCUUCACACAUCUCAGAGCGCCUGGAGCACGUUGGACGUGUCCCUGGGCCGUGGGCUGGAUGCUGUAAGUCAUAUUGGCACGCUUGGCUCUAUUCCGGGAUCUCCUCCUCCGUACAUGACAGCACACAAGUCAUCAUCAAGGCACCACCGCCAUAAUUUCCAUCUCUCAGGUGUACGAGGCAAUGUGUUUGGGGAGCUGGAGCGACUUUACAGCCAAGGGACCCAAGGAUCGAAAGCCAGACGUCAUGACCACAAUCACUCAUCCAAAAAGUCCAAACGGAAGACACACCGAGGUCAUCUGUCUAGCAACACUGGGCAUUCGGAGAAUCAAGCCGCGACUGUAUCAACAUCGACAUCAACUUCAGAGACCAGAAGAGAAUCUAAUGCAGCGCCCACGAAGCUUCGAGAGCAGCACGGCCCCGAUGCAUCCAGUCCAACGUCGCACGCAAGUCGCAGCCGACGAUCCAUGUACACUGAUGCUGAUCUGGACAUGCUGGAUUCUGGUACAGAGUCGGGCGACGAAGACGACUCGGCCGGAAACUCGUCUGAUAUGGCCGACUCCGUGAACGGUCAAGAGGAACCAGGGUUCGUUGCGAGAUUUGCUGAACCUGGGAAUGCAGACUCGACCAAAGCAGGAUCCUCGACACCACGUCCUAGUCAGCAUACAUCUCUGCAAUCACGAGCCAGCCUAGACGAGACAUUGGCUAAGAAUGAUGAUUCAGCCAACAGCAAUCUUUCGGACUCGGAUCAAACUAGACCCACCAAGAACAGGGCAAGCUCCGUCUCACUCCUGUCGGCUGAGCUACAGCGAGCAACCUUAUCCGACCCUAAGAAUGGUUCACCAGAAGGCGAACAGAGGCAGAGGUCAUUGCAGGACGAGAUGCAUCCUUUUGAGCAAGAAAAUCCUCACUCUCCGAACGCAGGGCUAAAUGCUGUUACAGAAGACCAAACUCUCGAUCCGUCUUCGACCUCAUGGAGCAAGCCCGGACGCAACCGCUUCCCUCAGCAUGAAAAAUCCUCAUCGGAUCAAGGAUUGACUGCACGUCAGCGACGUCGUCUCUCAGAGCCAUUGCACCAUCAAGCCAGCUCGACUUCUCUUCCCAUGAAAAAGAACCGGCCGAGUUCAAUUUACAGCGUCAAGCGACCGCGUCUGCAGGUAGACUCGCCAAGCAUGCAGUGCAUACAUUCAGGACAUGUCGCCAGCACGAGUUUGGAAGGUGCACCCGAGCUGCAGAGGUGCAAGAGCGCAGAGCUGGUGGAGCAGCUCAUCGUAGAAAGACGCAAUCGAGUGAUGGAGGCGUGGCGAGUGGGUGUUGUAGCUGCUGCAGUGACGCAGCAGCAGGCCAUUCACUCGGUCGUAGCUUUUAGUGAACAUAGGAAGGACACCGACAACAUGAGCAUUCGAUCCAAGGCGUCUCGUAGACGCGAUAAGGCGCCUCUAACCCGGGGGAGCAAUGUUGCAGGACUAGCAGAUGGACAAGACACCAAGGACGGUCUCGAACAGGCCCCAGGAAUCCUUUCAUCAAAAGAUUCGGACAACACCAUUAAAGAUGCACGAGAAUCAGAAGAACAAGCGAGGAAUAGCGACAAUGAACCCAGAGCAAAGCACUCUGUAGAAAAUUCAGAAAACUCCAAUGCCCCUGAUGGCCAGGUCGUGCCGCAGCUCACCAUCGACACGACAGCGGCUGGCCUGGAGAAUACGCCAACGAGACUGCUGCAGGCAGAGAUCCGCAGAGGCAAGAAACGACAUAGCAUGCAGUCCGUAAGAUCUGUCCGCUCAACUCUUCUGCGUUCCCCCCAUGUGCGAUCAUCUCUUCCGGCCCGUGACAGGAGAUUUGCCUCGGAAGCGAGCACAGCGUCAGAGGCCUUUGCAAACCGCCGCUACGAUCAUGAACACAGUCCAUACCAACUUCUCCAUACUCUGUCAUCCGACCUUCUUGAGCGUCUGGCCAGGUCCGAUACACGGGAAUUGAAUCGUAGGCUGAGAAGAACAUUCGAUAUCCAAGCACUCUCACAAAUGUCCAACUCUGUUAUCGAGAAUGUACUGACCGACGUCAGCAACUUGAACGAGAGAUUCCGCUGGCUGGAAGCUCAGGUGGCGGAUCCGAUAGACGAGUUGCUAGUGCGCGAGCCAGGAGUGGUUUCUUCAGGUGGAGAGACAGGCGCUGAAAUUGAGGGUAGGGAUGAAAACGACGAGGCGUCUGAAGACGACGAAGAUCUGGAGCCAGACUGGGGCUUUUCUGUGACAGAGUUCUUCCCGCUGGCCCACAUGAUGCAGGAGAUGCUCUCUGAGAUCGGCAAGCUCCGCAUGACUAUCAACGACCUCCAACGAAGCUAUGUCCAAAAAGUGGAGCAGGAUCUCAUUAAGGCUGAAAAGGACUUCAUGGAGGAUCUUUCUUCUGGUGACGAAAGUGAUUAUGAAGACAACGUACCUUUUGAACCGCGGUCGGCGCAGGCAGCAGAUAAGUCCGCCCAGUCCAAGAGAGUUCUCAGUAUCCUAGAGCGUCCUCGCAUUCUUGGAUCCGCUUCGACUGGGAUGUCUGGAUUCUUCAACAAGGUCUUUGGAAAUAGCGGCCAACAUUCACAUGGUGAUCCAAAAGCGUCGGGAGCACAGAAGACGACAGCGCCAACAACAGAAGCUCCCAGAGUUCAACCGACCAUCUCCAAGAGUAAAUCAGGACUUGUUGUGGCCGAAACAUCCAGGGUCUUUGCUGACUCUGCCUGGAUCUCUUCACCGGGAAAGCCAGUUGGAGUCAAGACUCCAGCGCAGUCUGCUACCACAAUCACCACGGAUGGGCCCCGACGCUCAGGUACAGCCGCCAUCCUUGUCCCUGGAUCAAGACUGUCCGCCACCACGUCCCUAGCCGCGAUGGCUACAAUGUCACCGGCGCGAUACAACACCAUCCACGUAACAGAAACAUCGACAACCGCCAUCGCGGCUUCAUCUAACAGAAUAAGAGCGAUAGACAUCAGCUUUAGCCCAGAUGUUCUGCAGCGUGGGGCUGCUCGCUCACCGCCUACCGCGUCUCCUCCUGCUACGUCUCCCCAAAGCAUUUUUUCGCGGUCUCUCCCACACAAUUCGUCCCUUGGAUUAAUGGCGGCUGAUAAUGAUAACAUCACCACAGCGCCACCCGCACUUUCUGAGCAGAAUUUGGCUCCAACAUCUUUCCAGAGUCGUUCUACGAUGUCGGAGGAUCUCAAGUACCCCCCUCUCCAAUCCGUGACUGAACCCUCUGAGUCAAAUCCUAAAAGUGGAGAUACCUCCUCACAGACUCCUGUCCAGGGACAGCGUUCGUCCGCUUUAAACAAGACACCGCGUUCCAUCGACAUCUCUGCCAGAUCAGCGACACCGGCAGUGAGUGUGGUGACAAGGCACGAUGUCUUCCAAGAUCACUGGGCAUCGUCCACUCCGUCCUCACUGUCUGCGAAUGUAUCAACCGUCCCGAGUAGGGCCCAGAGCGAGAGACGAGCCACUGGAGACAGCGUAGCUAUGGCUGGAGGGGCUGCUGCUGCUCUGAUGGGCUCCCACAAGGCUGGUUCCUCGGCGGCAUCGCUCUCGUCUAACUCGGUUACUAGUGAGACCAUGUCCACAGUGGCCUCUAGAUUAGCCUCGAAGCCUGCGUUGAUCACUCGGUCCGCCCUGACAGUAGCCACGCCCUCGACUUCGACAGUGUCCUCUCCCAUGUCGUCCGCCUCUUGGUUCGAUACACGGCGUCAGUCCGGUGGUCUUGGACAAGAUACGGCUGCUACAAGUGAGGUGCGGACAACGUUUGAUGAGCCUGGGCCUGCAACCUCAGGAUCAGGUGCGGACGCCGAUUCAGGAGCUAAGAUCGGGAGGGAACAGCCAACGCUUCGCAAGCUUAGAACUGCGACCUCAUUCCAUGCAGGCACUACACUUGGAGGACCCAACGAUGUCAUCACCAGGAGUUUGGGCCGGACUAGCGGACGGGAGUCAGCCUUGGCGUUCUUGCGAGGAGAGGUCCAAGCGUCGUCAUUGCUGGGAUCACUCUUUCAAUCACAGCAGCCUCAGACACAAGCACCGGCUGGAUCUUUGUCAGUUCAGAGACCGAACAACAAGUCGAUCUAUAAGGGCAAGGGUGUUGCCUCGGACAGUCAAGCAGACAGUGCCACUGUCAAGGUUAACGUGGAAGUAUUGACGAGCGAUGACAUUACAGAUGACCAUGGUGCGGCCGAAAGAGGCAGUGCCGGAAUAGAGCAGCCAGAGAGUCAGUCAUCGUCCAGCCGGCCUAUCUCUCAGAUCGCGCCGCCCGGUGCCAACCAGUUGGGAUAUAUCGCUGCACCGACGGCCAGUCUCUCUCAGAAGGCAGCCGUGACCAGCACGGCAAUCACAUAUGUAGUGGCGACACCAGACCCCCAUGGACAGGAUGAAGAGGUUGGAGGUUCCCGCAGGAAAAGACAGGUCUUUGAUCGGGAGUUGAUCCGGGCAUCUCAGAGGCGAAUCCUGGCAGGAGUUCCCCACCAAGACAAGCCGUUUGUGCCGGAGGCCCGUCCACGACGAGCGCGUGCGCUCUCCGUGGACAGUGCGCAGUCGACAGAGCCCCUCAAAGCAAACGAGAUCAUGGAUCUGUGGCGCGUUGGAGCAGGUGUCAGUCGCGAUAUCUGGAGAGGAUUGAUCAAGAAGGUCGAUGGACGCGAUUCAUAGUGGAUUCUUUUUUCUUUUUUUUUUUGCUGUUGUUGUUAUUGUUAUUGUUGUUGUUGUUGUUGUUGUUUAUUCAUUACAUAUUAAAUAUCUGAAA